AUGGCGGCGACUGUGCCGGCCACUUACGGAAAUACCAGCAUCGAUCGACAGCCAGAACUGGUAGAUAGUGACCAAGAUGCUGAAGGCGAUGAAGAUGAUGAAUUGUAUCCAACCCUCACACAAUCAGCGACUGUAAUACCACAAGAGAAUAUCGGUACCCCUCUAACGAUUGGAAAUGGCGACGAGAUAAUUGAAGCUAGUGAACGAGAAGAGAAUGACGGGGGUGGUGUUGGGGAGGUCCAUAAACCUGAGACGAACCAUAGGGAUGAUGUUGCUGAUGUGGAUGAGGAUGAGGAUGCGGAUGCUGAUGCAGACGAGGAGACCGAGGCCAUCGGAGCUGUGAAGUUCCCAGAUGGCAAUGCUAAAUCCGAUAGCGAUGAUGAGGACGACGAUAUUGACGACCCGGAUGUUGAAUUCGAAAACGAAUCCAGCGAUGUCAAGGCAGGCUCUGAUGGCGAGUCAUCUGAAGAGUCGGAAGUAGAUGAAGAAUGGGAGGCCGAAAGCAACGACGGAGAAGAUGCAGACGCAGAUGCGUUAAAUCCCAACAAUUGCAUAGUCUGUGGACAAGAUGAAGAACACGAUCCUAGUGAAGAGUUCGAGGAAUAUUUAUCAUGUGCCGUUUGUGGUGAUCAUUCUGCUGAAAAUUGGAGAUGCCCUAGUUGUGUUAACAACAAGCUAGAGCCUGAUAAACACGAAAGGACUCCAUCCCGGCGGAGAUCAGGCACAUCAAACAUUGCAAUCGAUCUACUGCCCGCUCAUAGCGAAGCGUUAGGCCCAGAGUCCCACUCUAUUUUCAGUUCGUUAAUUGUCGAUGAUGAUCCAUUGGAUGGCUCUAGGUCACUUCGGAAGCGGAGGGCAUCCGACGAGGGUCCAGAAGGGAAUAUGGUUACUCAAAAACGACAAAAGAAAAUUCCCGCUAGAUUCGAGGGGAUGAUUCCCACUCCCUUACCUAGGAAUAUGAAAACAGCACAAGCACUGAUCGAACAUUCCACCGAGAACAAUGUUACUAGCCGCCAGUCAAGACCACGAAGAACGCGGAAAACUGAAAAGGCCCUCUGUAACAUUGUUCAACGUCAGGCAGGAAAGAUUAUUCUUUCAUUUCACCUAAACAGUACGAAAUUAAAUAGAAUUUUGAACUCACGGCAAAAGCAAAUCUCGAGACGGAGGCCGCCAAAACCACCUCCAGUGGUUGAAUCUCCCCAAAUUCCUUUUCAACCCAUCGCCCCCUCAGCAUACAGCGCUCCAUUUUACGCCUUCCACGAUCGAGAAAACGAUGAGCUCAAAUCGAAGCCCUACGGUGGAAUAUUAUCGGAAGCUGAUGCUGACACUUCAAGAACACUCCCUCUUGCUGCAGAUCGGGAGAAGUUCGAGGCCGCUCGCCAGAAAGCCGAAGAAGAAUGGAGACAGAAAAUGGCGGCUGCUGCUGAUCAUCCUGGAGAAUCCGCACCACGUGCAAAAAUCUCCGGGCCACCAAGCAAAAUAAAGUACAUUAGCUUUGGUGGCUAUGAGAUUGAAACGUGGUAUGCUGCGCCUUAUCCAGAAGAAUACAGUAGAAACAGAGUGCUCUACAUUUGCGAAUUCUGUCUCAAAUAUAUGAAUUCGGAUUUUGUUGCCUGGCGUCACAAACUGAAAUGUCCAGCGAAACAUCCUCCCGGAGACGAAAUAUACCGAGAUGGGUCAGUUUCAGUUUUCGAAGUCGAUGGUCGCAAGAAUCCAGUAUACUGCCAAAACCUUUGCUUGCUUGCGAAAUUAUUCCUAGGAUCCAAAACGCUCUACUACGAUGUCGAACCGUUUCUUUUCUAUGUCAUGACAGAAUAUGAUGAGUUAGGUUGCCACUUCGUUGGCUACUUUAGCAAGGAGAAAAGGCCCAGCUCAUCCAAUAAUGUGUCAUGCAUCUUAACACUCCCCAUUCAUCAACGGAAAGGCUACGGGAACCUCCUGAUAGAUUUCUCCUAUCUCCUAACGAGGGUGGAACGAAAAACAGGGUCGCCAGAAAAACCGUUGUCAGAUCUGGGUCUAGUAUCAUACCGCAAUUACUGGCGUCUCGUCUUGUCAUACCAGCUGCGAAAUCAGAAAUCUCCUGUGAGUAUUGCCGAGCUUUCAGAGCGCACUGGCAUGACAGCGGAUGAUAUCGUGUCAGGCUUGGAAGGACUGCGGGCUCUCGUCCGGGAUCCCCAGACCAAAACAUAUGCCCUGCGACUAAAUUACGCCUAUUUUGAAGAGUAUAUUCGAAAUUGGGAGAAGAAAAAUUAUAUACGACUCAAUCCAAAUGCUCUUGUCUGGACUCCUUAUGUUAUGGGUCGCAGCAAUCAGUCACAUUAUGACCGGGCACCAUUACAUACUGUUGCUCCGCGUGAUGAGCCCGAUGCGGACGACGACAUAGAAGGCAACGGAGAUAGCAAUGUGUAUACCAACCGGGUAGAAAAUAUGAAUGGCGAUACAAGUAGCAUGCAAGAUGGAUUCGUCAACGGACACAGUCACGCCAGAUCUCUAUCACCUCCAUUUGAUCCCCCUGGCCCGCCAUCAAUGAGUGUGAUGCCUUUUGAUGGUGCCUCAUUGAGGCAAGCCAAUGGUGUCAGGACCCCGUCAGUGUCCUCCAUGAUGCAAAACCCAGCAGCCGGCAUUCCACCCACGCGGUUCGAAAUAUUCCCCCCGAUCCCAGGAACGAUUACCAAACGUCGACCUGGUCGCCCCUUCGGCUCAACUCGUGCUAAUAAGUUCAGAGGACGCACGACUACAACCACUGCUCCCACUACGGCACGAACAAGUGGCCGCAGUACUCCAAAGCGAACGGCCAGCCAAGUUAUGGGUACUCCGACCCCUUCUAGCAGAACAAUUGGUCUCCGAAGAGGGCGAAGUAGUAGGUUCCUUGACCCCAAUGAUGCUGAUGAAGUAAUGGGUGACGGUAUUGAGAGCAGGGAGGGUGCCGAACUUGAACAGUUGGAAAGUCCGACACUUCAAUCUACUGAGGUGGAGGCAGCCAAUACGGAGAUUGGCGCCAAUGCUACACCUGAGUCGCACGCCGCUGCAAGCAAUAAUGGCAGAGCUACUGGCGCACUUGAGAAUGGCAACACAAAUGUCGACAAAGCUGCUUGCGCCGUCCCGCCAUCUGGAGACAACAAAGUCAACAAGCACCAAGCCACAGAUUUGGAUAUCGUGGACCAUGAAAGGUCCCAGGAAGCUAUCCAGGGGCCUGAAAAUCACCAGUCGAUAGAUGGCAUUGAUGAACAUACUUGA